AUGGCGCCUAAAGUCUCUCCACUGCUCUUAUAUGCUUUCCUCUUUCUCUCCCUCUUCUUUUCCCAGAUAUCAUCCUCGCCGUCAGCUUUUGACUUUAUCAACCAGUUGCAGGGAUCCAAGAAAGGAGACAGAGUGAAAGGACUGUACAACCUCAAAAAGUAUCUGAAAACCUUCGGUUAUAUUAAUGAUCUUUCCUACAACAGCAGUUCUUGGGAUGCCGAUUAUUUCUCAGAUCAACUGGAAUCCGCCAUCAGAACUUAUCAGACCAGACGUCACCUCAACUCCACCGGAAUUUUGGAUGCAGACACAGUAAGACAGAUGACGAAGCCCCGUUGUGGAGUGGCGGAUAUCAUCAACGGGCGUCCCGGCGGACCCUCGGAGGUGGUUCCGAAUUACCGUUUCUAUCCCGGCGAGCCCAAGUGGCCGAAUCAGAAAAGCCAACUCACGUUUGGAUUCGCGCCGGGCACUCCGGCUAAAUUUUUCAUCCCGGUUUAUACGGCCCUUAGAGAUUGGCAUAACGUGGGGCAUUUCUCGUUCCAAAGAACUCAGUACGAACAUGCGGAUUUAAAGUUCUCACUGGCUAGGGGCGAUCACGGCGACGGGGUCCCGUUUGACGGCCCCGGAGGAAACUACGCUCACGCAUUUUCACCCACAAUUGGGAUCUGUCACUUUGAUGCCGAUGAAAACUGGGUAGACCAUGAUCCAUCUCCCCACAGUUUAGACAUACGAAGUGUUGCGAUUCAUGAGAUUGGACACCUUCUCGGACUUGAUCACAGCGAAGUCCCUGGAGCCGUUAUGUGGUCUGAGUUUGAAUAUGGUCAGAAGAGACGGGACCUUACACCAGAUGAUAUAAAUGGAAUUAGAGCUCUUUACCAUUUCUAG